GUGGGGGGAAGAGGGGACAUCAGAUUGAGAGCGCGUGUUUCUGCUGGUCCCAGCUCCUCAUUCUCCCUCACUCCCAGGCACUGAACAGCACCCAGGGGCACACCCCCUCCCACACGCCUUCUCUUCUUCUGACUUCGGUCUGGCUUCCCUCCUCCUCACCGAAAUAUUCCUACAUUCCCCAGUGUACAGGAGGAGGGGAGGGGGUGACCCUCACGUUUGUAGCACUUCCACCGGGCAAAUCCAAAGAAGGGAGUCAGACAAAAGUAAGGGAGGGGGAAGAUCUUUCCUCAUUCCAGAAAGUUUAGUGCCCCUCUCUACCCGCACUGCAGGGGGGUUGAACCAGCAAUGUGCCCUUCCCUGAAGCUCUUUUCCCCUCCUCUGGACUAAGAGUGGAGUAUUGAAAGAGAGAAGGGGAGGAGGGGGUGGUGGCGGAGAGGAGUCCUGCAACAUCUGUAAAACUUGGACGAGGAGGAGGAGGAGGAGGAGGAAAGGAGAGACAGAGAGAGAGGAAGGCGAAAGGGACAACUUUUCCAACACAGGAUGAAAGUCCUGGACAGACCUAUCACAGAGAGAGAAGAAACGCAAUCACAAUGCAGCCACAAGGUGGGCAAGGCCUCAGUAAAAUCAGUGAAGAGCCUUCAACAUCUAGUGAGGAAAGGGCCUCAUUAAUAAAGAAGGAGAUCCAUGGAUCUAUAUCGCACCUUUCUGAGCCUUCUGUACCUUAUCGUGGGACGGUUUUUGCAAUGGACCCCAGGAAUGGUUACAUGGAUCCUCAUUAUCAUCCGCCUCACCUUUUUCCAGCAUUCCACCCUCCUGUGCCAAUUGAUGCAAGACAUCACGAGGGACGUUACCAUUAUGAACCAUCUCCCAUUCCUCCACUGCAUGUGCCUUCUGCCUUAUCUAGUAGCCCAACAUACUCAGAUCUUCCGUUCAUUAGAAUUUCCCCACACAGAAAUCCGGCUGCAACAUCAGAAUCUCCCUUCAGCCCUCCUCACCCUUACAUUAACCCUUACAUGGACUACAUCCGAUCACUGCACAGUAGCCCGUCUCUGUCCAUGAUCUCGGCAGCCCGUGGACUCAGCCCUACAGACGCUCCACACGCUGGAGUCAGUCCAGCUGAAUAUUACCAUCAGAUGGCUCUAUUGGCAGGUCAGCGCAGCCCAUAUGCAGACAUUAUUCCUUCAGCUGCUACUGCAGGAGCUGGCGCCCUUCAUAUGGAAUACCUUCACGCCAUGGAUAGUGCCAGGUUUCCGAGUCCAAGGCUGUCAACUAGACCAAGCCGAAAGCGUACGCUGUCCAUAUCGCCCCUGUCUGAUCAUAGCUUUGACCUUCAGACCAUGAUACGGACAUCUCCAAACUCCUUGGUCACAAUUCUCAAUAAUUCCCGUAGCAGUUCUUCCGCUAGUGGUUCCUAUGGCCAUUUAUCUGCAAGUGCAAUAAGUCCUGCUCUGAGUUUCACUUACCCUCCCACACCAGUAUCCCUCCAGCAAAUGCAUCAGCAAAUUAUAAGUCGUCAGCAAACCCUAGGUUCGGCCUUUGGACACAGCCCUCCACUCAUCCAUCCUGCCCCAACUUUUCCUACCCAGAGACCUAUCCCAGGCAUCCCUAGUGUCCUGAACCCUGUCCAAGUCAGCUCUGGUCCUUCCGAGUCCACGCAGCAGAAUAAACCCACAAGUGAAUCUGCAGUGAGCAGCACCGGGGAUCCAAUGCACAACAAGCGUUCCAAGAUAAAACCAGAUGAGGACCUUCCCAGUCCAGGUGCAGGAAACAUGCAGGAACAGCCAGAAGGAAUGACCCUUGUAAAGGAGGAAGGGGACAAAGAUGAAAGCAAGCAGGAGCCCGAAGUGGUCUAUGAGACGAACUGCCAUUGGGAAGGCUGUUCACGAGAGUUUGACACGCAGGAACAGCUAGUGCAUCAUAUAAACAAUGAUCAUAUACAUGGAGAGAAGAAGGAGUUUGUGUGCCGAUGGCUGGAUUGUUCCCGGGAGCAGAAGCCGUUCAAAGCCCAGUAUAUGUUGGUGGUACACAUGAGGAGACACACAGGGGAAAAGCCACACAAAUGCACUUUUGAAGGUUGUACAAAGGCCUACUCCAGACUAGAAAACUUGAAAACCCACUUGAGAUCUCACACUGGAGAGAAACCAUAUGUGUGUGAACAUGAGGGCUGCAACAAAGCAUUCUCUAAUGCCUCCGAUCGAGCCAAGCACCAAAACAGGACUCAUUCCAAUGAGAAACCAUAUGUUUGCAAGAUACCAGGCUGCACAAAGCGCUACACAGACCCCAGUUCUCUCCGGAAACAUGUGAAGACUGUGCAUGGCCCCGAGGCACAUGUCACCAAGAAGCAGCGUGGAGAUAUUCAUCCAAGGCCUCCACCACCAAGAGACCCAGGCAGCCAUUCUCAAUCCAGAUCACCAGGCCAGCAGACUCAGGGUGCAAUUGGCGAGCAAAAGGACCUCAGCAACACUACCUCAAAGCGGGAAGAAUGCCUCCAAGUGAAAGCUGUCAAGUCAGAAAAACCAAUGACAUCUCAGCCAAGCCCUGGUGGUCAGUCUACAUGCAGCAGCGAACAGUCCCCCAUCAGCAACUAUUCCAACCAUGGGAUCGAGCUUAAUCUGACCAGUGGAGGUAGUGUAGGAGACCUCAGUGUCAUUGAUGAAACCCCAAUCAUGGACUCUACCAUUUCCACAGCAACCACAGCACUUGGCUUACAGGCCAGAAGGAACAUGACAGGGACCAAAUGGAUGGAGCAAGUCAAAUUAGAAAGGUUGAAACAAGUUAAUGGAGUGCUUCCAAGACUGAAUCCCAUUCCACCUUCAAAAGCCCCAACCUUGCCACCUCUCAUAGGAAAUGGUAUCCAGUCAAGCAGCAGCUGCAGUUUAGGAGGAUCCAUGACUAUUCUACCCAACAGAAAUGAAAUUUCAAGUAUGGACAUCACAGUGUUAAACAUGCUGAACAGGAGGGACAGCAGCACCAGCACAAUUAGUUCCGCCUACUUGAGUAGCCGUAGGUCCUCUGGAAUUUCACCUUGCUUUUCCAGUCGGAGAUCCAGUGAUGCUUCCCAAGCUGAGGGAAGGCCUCAGAACAUGAGUGUCGCCGACUCCUAUGACCCCAUCUCGACUGAUGCCUCCAGGCGAUCCAGUGAAGUGAGUCAGUGUGAUGGCCUGCCAAGCCUACUCAGCCUCACCCCAGCCCAGCAAUACAGGCUGAAAGCUAAAUAUGCAGCAGCUACUGGUGGACCCCCACCAACUCCACUGCCUAACAUGGAGAGGAUGAGCCUCAAAACAAGGAUGGCGCUGUUGGGUGAUUGCAGGGAGUCUGGAGUAUCUCCUCUGCCUCCAGUAAAUGCUCCUCGUAGAUGUAGUGAUGGUGGGGCAAAUAGUUAUAACAGGAGGCAUUUUCUGGCUCAUGAUGUGCUGGGAAAUGGGACAAGGAGAGCCAGUGAUCCAGUAAGAAUGGUUUCCGACAACCUUUCUCUGCCUAGAGUCCAGCGAUUCAACAGUCUUAAUAGCUUUAACCCUCCUGUUUUGCCUCCAUCUAUGGAAAAGCGAAACUUUAUUCUUCAGAACUAUACCCGCUCUGAUGGCGGCCUGUUCCGUAACACCUACUCCCCAUGUCCUCCAAGUAUCAGUGAGAAUGUUACCAUGGAGGCUGCUACCAUGGAAGCGGAUGGUGGUCUAAAUGAUGAGGAUCUCUUGCCAGAUGAUGUGGUUCAGUAUUUGAAUUCCCAGAACCAAAGCAUGUAUGACCAUUUGCCAAACGAUGUCCUGGACAAUAACAAAGUGCAUCACGGGUCAGCAAUAGGGAAUAACAACUUUCACCAGGCCCCUUCACCAAACAGUCAACAGACCAGCUCUGAAGCAAACAAAAGCGACCUGCCAAUCCAGUGGAAUGAAGUAAGCUCAGGAAGUUCUGACUUGUCUCCUUCAAAAAUGAAAUGUGGUCCACGCUCGGCAAUCCAACAAACUCGAGCUUUUGGACUAUAUAACAAUAUGAUGGUCCAGCAGCAGAACCUGGAGAGAAAUGGUAUGGGCCAACAAAAUGGCUAUCAACAUCUUGUGGAAAACAGCAGCUCUUACAAUUUACAUCAGAACAUGAUUAUCAGCAACAACACCACCAGUAACUCUUUCAACAUGCAGGCAAAUAAGGCACAGCCAUAUGGUGAAAGCAUCACCAGACAACCAAUGAUUUCUGGGGCAAUGGACAGUUCCUGUGGCAUAGUGAUUCAAGGGCAGAAGUUGAGGAACAACAGCAUGCUAAUAAACAAGAGUCAGCAAAACUUUGGCCAUCCCAUGGUGCCAGGUGAGCAAUCUGUCAGUAUGGCUAAUGGGAUGCAGAGUAGAAAUACGAUAGAACAGGAAUACCUGCAGAAUCAGCCAAUAGGGGAAGGCAUUCAUUAUCAGGGAGUCAAUCAAACCAAUCAAAUGAUGUUAGGGCAGGUUAGUCCUACCUCACAAAUGAGCCUUUGUCAAGGGCCACAGAGUUCUCCACCAAUGCCUCACAACAUUGGAAAUCAGCAAUCAGGUUUGGUGGUGACAAAGAGUUACCAGCCAUGUGCCAACUAUGGAGGCAACAGACGGCAAAACAUGCUGAGAAACAACCUGGCACAACAGCAAGGAUUUAUAAGUGAUGCAAACCAGACAUACAGGGUAAAUGGCAUUAAGAUGGAGAUGCAAGGUCAAUCACAACAGUUCUGCUCUAAUAUGCAGAAUUACUCUGGUCAGUUAUAUGACCAAUCCAUGGGCUUUACUCAGCAAGCUAUGAAAACAGGUUCUUUCUCUAUUUCGGAAGCUAACUGCCUGCUGCAGGGGACUGGUAUUCCAAAUUCGUCUGAGCUUCUUUCCCCAGGGGCUAACCAGGUGACAAGCACAGUUGACAGCAUUGACAGCAACAGCCUAGAAGGUGUGCAGAUUGAUUUUGAUGCUAUCAUAGAUGAUGAGGACCAUGCCAGCUUAAUUUCAGGAGCCCUGAGUCCGAGUAUCAUUCAGAAUCUCUCACACAAUUCUUCACGCCUCACCACUCCCCGAGCAUCUCUUACAUUCCCAGCUAUGCCUGUGAGCACAACAAACAUGGCUAUUGGGGACAUGAGUUCUUUGUUGACCUCACUUGCAGAAGAAAGCAAGUUUCUUGCUGUUAUGCAAUAGACAUGGGGAAAAAAACUUAGGAGAUAACCGAUAAAAAGUGACUCAUUUUUUAGUUGUGUAUGUAUUUUAGCAAUCUCAUCUCACCUAAAUGGGAUGUGUUUCAAGUAUAUUCCUUUUAUGGAAUAAGGACUCUGAAAACCCUAA